CUCCAUCACUAGACCCAUGCUAGACCUAGGUUGAGAAGAGAGCGAAGGAGGAGUAGUCUAGAAAUUAUUUUCAACUUCUGAAUUCUUCUCAUAUCUCUUUCUACGAGGAAACCAAAUAGAGUCUUGAAUUAUCUACGCAACAUUCUUGAGCUUUUCAACGUUGAAGAAACCGUACAACCAGCAACAUGUGUACAGGAAAAUGCUCUAAAGUCAUCGCGAUCCCGCUCUACAUCUUGGCGGGGGUCUCAAUCAUCUGUAACAUCAUUGCGUUCUUCCCCGGCUGGAAGACGAAUUACGCUGAGGAAGAAAGAGAAGGGAAGGGAGACCGGAUCACAGACGAGGUUAAAUAUAUGGGCGGGUUCAUCGGUGGCGGACUCAUGUGCCUUAUUCCAGCCAUCCACAUCCACCUGACCAGCAGUAAUGGUUGCUGUGCCAACCGCUGUGGGAUGUUCCUGUCCAUUGGGUUUGCUGCUGCUGGGGUUGUUGGAGCGCUGUACAGUUUGGCUACGUCUGCCCUGGUCCUGGCCAACGGGCCUGUCUGCUUAUUCUUGGCUCCAGGUGAAACAGUUCCAAAUUGGGGGAGGCCCUUCAUGAACAACAGCGGCAAUUACCUGGGCGAUAGUGAACUCUGGAAGACUUGUAAAGAGCCAGAGGAUGUUGUGCAGUUUAACAUCGGCCUGUUUGCCACUCUACUGGUGGCUGCUAGCCUGGAGCUGGUGCUGUGUGGAAUACAGAUGGUCAACGGACUGUUCGGAUGCAUCUGUGGUACCUGUGGCGGAAAGGAGUAGGAAAUGUGAUGAUCCAUGAUGACCAUCGACUGUGACCAUUUUUCAACCACGACCACUUGAGGACCGUAAAGAGCUGACCGCAGCAACCCCACCCUUAUACUAUCCUUCAUCAAGAGGAAUGAAUGGUUAUUGAAGAGUGGUUAUAUUCACUUUAUCUUUGCUCUGGGGCCUAUUUAUAAUAUACAUAGACUGCUUAGUGUAGGCUAUUAAAACACAUCAGUGAUUGUAAUAUGUAGCCUAUAGUCACGUUUGUAUAGGUAUGACAUUUGCUUGUUCUGUCAAUUGUAUGUUUCUCAUGUUUUAAUUGAAUUUUAUGCAGAUUUUAAUUUGUUUUAUUUUGUAAUAAAGACUGAAAAAUGUUUUA